UCAUAACCUAAAAAAUUGAAAACCAUUUCAACUAUUUCCAGAAAUCAUUUCCAGAUCCUUCAUUGUUGAUGUAAAUAACAUGAUAAGUGAUUUUCCAUUAAAAAAUGAGACCUGAUUCAGAUUUAUUGUGGAACGCACUGAAAGGAAUCAUUUGUGUAUACAAACCGGCAGAAUCGUCUGUCCGAAAUCUGCGGAAAACUUUAAUUUGGAAUAUAUGUAAAGAUCUCAGUGACCUGGAUGUCAAACUCAGAUAUCCUGAAAGAAAACUGUCAUUACAUGAUGGUUCUGUUAAAGAACUGGCAACCAAAGAAAUCUCAACCAUACUUACUCAAAAUGAAAUAACGGAUUUGAGUGUUCAUCCCAAUGUUGUUGGUCCAAAAUACCUACAGGAUGAGUUGGCAGUAAGCUGGUCGAACUACUUGGGUUGGAAUACCAGUGGAGUAUUAAUAUUUGGUUUGAAAAAAGGGACAAUGGCAGCUAAAUUUAUUCGUGAAAAUCGACCUACCAGAGCUUAUCGAAUAAAAGGUGUUUUUGGAUUGGCCACAGAUACUGGUUUUAAAGAUGGAAAAGUUGUAGAACGGUCCACUUGGAAAUACAUCAGACAAUCUCACAUAGAUCGACUAUUAUCCUCUAUGCAAGCUGCACAUCAAAAGAAAAUGUUUGAAUCGUGUGGAGUCAAUAUACAAUCUCAGCUGGCAUAUGAUCUGGCAGUUAAAGGACCAAUUCGUCCUAUCAAUUCAAAAAUACCAAUUAUAUAUGGUUUGAAAUGUGUUGAAUAUGAUGCUCCAAACUUUGUUUUAGAAGUCCAAUGCAUCAAUGAAAAUGAACAAUAUCUGACAACUCUGAUCCAUGAAAUUGGCCUAAAACUGCAUUCAACUGCCCAUUGUACAGCGGUGAAAUGUAUUCGGCACAGUUGUUUCACUUUGGAUCAUGCCCUUCUACCGAAACAUUGGAAUCUGGAGAAUAUUGUAAAAAACUUGGAAAUUUCUACGAGACUCUUGAGAGAAAAUGAACAUCUAACUAACCAGGACAGUAUAACUCUCAGAUGAGUGAAAUUUAGAAAAUGUUUUUAGAUAUGUAAAUGUACAAAUAUAUUGUUUUUAAUUUU